AUGUCCGGUAGGGGGCUAACAAGUAGUUGCAUUUUUUUUGUUUCUUUUUGUUUUGUUGUUUGUUAGGUGAGCUAGGCGGAUAUUUUCAAAUCGGAUAAAGCUUUUGUAAUCUUUGUUACACGUUUUUGCCAGUUCGUGCGAACGCAUUUCCUGUCUCGCUAACUUGGAGGGAGAAGGGAAUGAGGUGUACCACGAGCCCGUGACUACGAGUAACGCUGCACGAAGAAGAAGAAGAAGUAGUAGUAGUAGAAGAAGACCGCUGCAGAGUACACAGGAAAUCUAUUGGCUACUCCACAAAUAUUAUCGUAUGCACAUCAACCGUGACACUGGUAGUACUGUCAGCAGUGAAAAAUGCGGGAGAGAACAUAUCCAGAGGAACUGACAGAGCAAUAUAUCCUUCUAGAAACAAUUGGCACUGGUGGAUUCGCGAAGGUUAAGCUGGCCAUCCAUGUGCUCACGGGCGAGAAAGUUGCCAUUAAAAUCAUGGACAAAGAGUCACUUGGGGAGGACCUACCUCGGAUCAAAGUGGAGAUAGCUGCUCUAAAAGAACUGAGUCAUCAGCACAUCUGCAAGCUCUUCCAAGUCAUUGAGACUGACACUAGGAUAUUCUUAGUACUUGAGUACUGCCCAGGGGGAGAGCUCUUUGACUACAUUGUCGAGCGUGAACGACUGGACGAAGCUGAAGCAAGGCAGUUUUUUUGCCAGAUAGUGGCAGCUGUAGCCUACAUCCACUACCGGGGUUACGCCCACAGAGACUUGAAGCCUGAAAAUCUUCUCCUGGACGAAGACCAACAUUUGAAGCUCAUUGACUUUGGAUUGUGUGCGAAGCCAAAGGGUGGCAUGGCUGCUCACUUGGACACUUGCUGUGGAAGCCCUGCAUAUGCUGCUCCAGAGCUUAUUACGGGCCAAGAGUACCUUGGGUCUCAGGCUGAUGUGUGGAGCAUGGGUGUCUUACUUUAUGCUCUAGUGUGUGGGUUCCUACCUUUUGACGAUGACAACGUCGCCCUACUUUACAAAAAGAUCAAGAGAGGGGAGUACGAAUGCCCAAGUUGGUUGCCCGAAGACACUGCGGAACUGCUUUCCCAAAUGAUGGAGGUGGAUCCGAAACGAAGGAUCACAAUCACGGCCCUUCUCAAUCACCCAUGGGUUGCCAAAGGCCAUAGAAAGCCCAUCAGCUUUAAAAGCAACUAUACGUUCAACAAUUUUGAUGAUGAUGCCCUCACAGAGCUUGCUAUUCACUACGGCCGAUCAAAGCGCUCCAUAGAGGCAGAGCUUCAACAGUGGAAGUAUGACUACACGACUGCCACAUACAUCCUCCUGCUUUUCCGUAAGCAGAGGGGGAAAAUCACGAGGCUUCACUUUCCUGAAGCUUCCCCACAGCACAGGAAGCCCAACUGCCAGAGGGCGCUGAUUUCUGACUUUACCCCUGUCGGAGGAUCCCCAACCUCUCCUCUUCGCAAUUCUCUUGAGAAUGGACUAAAUGACGCUGAACUGUUAGCUCUCGGUAGCCCAAAGAAGGAGGAAGUACCUCGGAUACAAGUGCUCAACUCUAAUGAAGCGAAUGUGCCAACUCCAGCACCGGAAAUACCAAAGCCAAAGGCUGAUACAAAGGCUACCGAUGUAGCACCACUUCCUUGCAAGGAUGUUGUUGAUGCAAAUAAGGAGAACUUUGCACAACCACGCCUGCCAACUCCAAAGAGAAAGACCUACACCAGGGUUCCGCAGGAUGAUGCAGUGCUAAGGAGCGUCAACAAUGGACCUGCUACGCCCACCGCGAAGAACGCAACACCUGACAGAGUCCGGAUGCUAUGGGGAGAGGCGGAAUACGCGCACAGUCCGCUGCGAACCCCUGAUCGUCCCCGUCGGCCCGCGGGUGGAGUGUUCUGUGGACGGACUGGUUCGGCGAAGCGGGUCUUCGGUAGCAUCGAAAAGGGCCUCGACCGGGUCCGUACGAUGCUUACACCGAGGAAGCGAGCGGGCUCGCAAUUUGGCUCUCAAGAAGGACCGCGGACAGUCAAGGUGAUGCGUAAUGUUUCUACGCUACCUGCUGACCUGACGCCAGACCAGGUGCUCGAUUCUUUACGCGGUGCACUACUUCGCAAAGGAGUCCUAUGCAAGCAAGACAGGUACACCUUGCGGGGCAAGAUCCGAGACGAGUGGGGUCACGUGCGACUCACGUUCGACCUGGAGGUUGUCCACGUUCCUCAUCCGGGUCUCUUGGGCAUCCGCCGCAAGCGCCUUACUGGAGAUGCCUGGCAGUACAAGCGCGUGUGUGAAGAGGUCCUACGCAUUCGAGCUUAAAGAAUGCCAACAUUUUAACCGCUCAAUAUCUUCCGCUUUUCUUGGUGUACCGUUUUUUUUAUCUCUCUCGUAUUUUUGUAUAGCUCUGCGUAAUAUAUCGAAGUCUAUUAUAGUAUUAAUUAUGUAUUAUAUCGUGUUCACUCAAGGCUGUAAAAUCUAGUAAACUUUUCGCGCAGAAAUAAAAUUGUGUGCAGCAGCCUUCA